AUGGGAGAUAUGCUAAUGGUGCUACCACAAUGUGCGGUCAACUGCCUCGUCGGAGCGUACAGCGAAGGGAUCUGUCUGCUGAGCGAUCCAACGUGCUCUUGCACGAACGUCGAGUUUCAACAAAUUGUGACCUCAUGCGUGAGCGGCAAUUGCACCACUACCGAGGCGUUGUUCACAAAGAAUAUAACUUCUGUGGGGUGUGAUGCUCCAAUCCGCGACCGCGUCAACAAACAUACUGUUAUCGUCAGUGUGCUGGUCGGAAUCUGUACCGUGGCCGUCUCUGUGCGUCUCGGGUAUCGUCUUCUUGUCGCGAAAAGCAGCCUAGGGCUUGAUGACUGGUGCAUCACUGCUGCCUUCUUGUGCUCGAUAGCUUCGCAUAUCGUUACUGAAACAGGCACCGUUCCGAAUGGACUCGGCAAGGAUAUCUGGAAACUGUCAUCGAGGCAGAUCACAGAUUUUCUGUAUUACUUCUGGAUCAUGGCCUGGAUAUACUUCCUGGAGAUUGUUAUCACAAAGCUGUCAAUCCAGUUCUUCUUUCUUCGCAUCUUCCCUUCGCAACUGGCGCAGAGGCUGCUUUGGGCGACCAUCGCUUUCACAACGCUAUGGGGUGCCGCUUUCUUUGCCGGAUGUCUCGGUCAAUGCACGCCCGUGAGCUAUAACUGGACGAAGUGGGCCGGCUUGCAUGAAGGGAAAUGCAUCAACAUUACCGCUUUUACCUGGACGCAUGCUGUGACAAGCAUUGCAAUCGAUAUCUGGAUGCUUGCGCUUCCCAUCUGGCAGAUUAAGGACUUGCAGAUGUGCCUGAAGAAGAAAAUCGGAGUCGGCUUGAUGUUCUUUGUUGGCACAUUUGUGACCGUCAUUUCGAUCGUGCGUUUGCACAGUCUCAUCAUCUUUUCGAGCAGCAGCAACAUCACAUACGACUACUUCGACGUCAGCAUCUGGUCUUCGAUUGAAGUCACCAUCGGUAUCAUCUGUGCCUGCAUGCCAACCAUUCGACAGGCGCUCGGCAAGCUCUUCCCAGCCAUCAUGCGAGGAUCAAGCGCGCAGAAGACAUAUGGCCGGAGCAAGGCCACCAAGUCGGGUUAUGUGUUCUCUGGGUCCAACUCUCGCUCAACACCUGGCGCACAGAGAGGCGGCCUCCACUCAGACCGCGAUGGAGACUAUGGCUUGCAUCCCAGCUACAGAUUGGAAGGGCCCACGGCUGGAUCCGCUCAUGCUGUUGUGGAAACAUGGCAUGGAGGUCGGCAAAGCGACAACGGAGGCAAAAGCGGAGUCGUGCGGCACGAGCGCGAACUCAGCGGGAUCGUUGUGGUGCAAGAGAGGAGUGUGCACAACGUGAGCCAAUACGAGCUGGAUGACAUCGUGGACGGCGACGUUGAGAGCAGAAACAGCGAUAGAGGGGACGAGGCGACGCUCGUCGAGAUGAAGAGUCCGCUGGAGAGGCCGCAGAGGUGA